UUCCGAAAGCUUGGGAAAUUCAGAAACCCGGAAUUCUCAGAAUUCAAACAAACCUUCAACAAGUUGAUGUUAAUAAAUAUAUUUUCGAAAUUCCUGAUGCUGCGACCAUAAAUCAUAUAGUAGUUUUAUUGCUCGGAACAAUCCCAUUUGAACCAGGCUUUGCUGCUACAGUUCAUUUUCUUUGGCCCGGAGGGGAACAAGGAUGGAAACUGUUGGGGAUGCUUUCCAAUGAUAAACCCAGCGCAAUUUUCCGUCUUCGGGGAACUGCUGUCCCAGGAGUCACUUCAAAUGUACCUUCAUUUGGAUUGCCAAAAUUGUUACCAAAUUAUACCGAAGAAAUGUCCAUGGACGACAACGAUGCGCCGUCCGCUUCUCCAGUAACUGCCACAUUGGGUAUCUCUAUUGAACAGAUUGCAAUGGUUGAAUCUCAAAUUGCGACUCUUCGUCAGACAUCAAAUCAACAGCCGAGCACGACCACAGAAGUUAGUCAAAUACCACUCAAUAUACUCAAAAACCUUUAUAACUAUGUCACAUCUUUUGCAACAUCCUCGACACCCUUUAAUGCGCAAAUUAUUGGGACCGGUAAUACGUAUAUAUCUAUAAAGGUGUUUCAGGAUUGGUAUGAUUUGUUUUUACGUAAGGUCAAAGCGGAUCCCAAUAUAGUUCUUAAGGGUGAUUAA